AUGAGCCACCCGUGCGGCGUUGAAGGGCCGAGAUCAGCUCGAGUCUUGCGGCGGCACACGGACGUCAUCCAAGACCUGCUUGCCGUCAGCGGCACCGAGACCGAGGGGGGACAGCGGCUGGUCAGCUGCGGCCUCGACCGCAGGGUGUGCAUCUGGGACAUCGCCAAGGGAACCUUCGUGCAGACCAAGCACGGCAACCAGGCCGCGAUCCGCUCCCUCGCGUUCGACUCCCGCGAUAACCUGCUCCUUGGUGCGGGGGUCGAGGGGGAGGUGCUGGCGUGGGACAUGUGGGCCCGGCUGGGGGCCCCGCUGUUUCGGAUGCAGGGGCACAGGUCUCCCGUCGUUUGUGUCGCCUGUGCCCCCGGGAAGGGCCGGGCCGCCUCGCUUGACGAUAGAGGAAAGAUGUGGAGCCACGUCGGCGUGUCCGUGGUAACCUCCGGAAGGUACAUGAAGAUUUACGAUGUUGUGGACCCGAGGACGUCGGAGCCACCUCUCGCGGUUGCGCUGUACAGCGAAAAUUGCGUGAGCUUCGUAACUUGCAACGGGCCCUUUGUCACGCUUUGGGACGCCUGCACGGGGUUCCUCCAGGGCACCCGUAUUCGCACCAUGUCUCCCGACCAUGACGGGCCAGUGAGCGGGAUGGUCUACAUCAAGGAGGACAAGGUGAUCGUGACAGGGGGGUGGGACCGGUCCCUUCGGGUGUACGACGAGGCCCCCAGGGAGGGAGACCCGCCACUCCUACGGCAGGUGGAAGAGGCACACUGCACCGACAUCAACGCUGUCGCGGUCUCACAGCGGUGGAGUCUCAUCGCCUCGGGAUCCGCAGGCGGAAGCUUCCGGUUGUGGGACUUCCAGUUCUUGUCGUGCGAGGGCAGCUACGCGGUCGGAAACGAGGUCCUAUGCGUGAUUUUCCUCGAGCCCUACCCUCUGGUCGCCGUCGGCGACGCGAGCGGCUAUGUGUCCAUCUUCCUCGUGAGGCCAUGGCCGGGUCAAGACCGUGUCGUCGGUGAUGCUGACGAUCUUCGCCGUUCGGCUUUGCUCCGGUUCUCGAACGACCGCGAAGCCGAGGGGACAAUUGAGGGGGGCUCCGCAGUUACCUGUCUCACACACAGGAGAAUCAGUUAUGCCUCUAGUAGGGGUAUCGUCAGUGACGUUGAUGGUGGUGACAUCGGUGAUGAUGAUGCCGCUAGCGGUCACGCCUUCGCCGAGAAGAUGGUGCUCUACACCGGAGACGACAAGGGUACGGUGCGAGCGUGGGAAAUCGGAGAGUCGCUGCUGGCACAGGUUGGGGGGUCCGUAGUUCCGGAGCACGUCCUCCCGAGGUCACAAAGCAACUACGACCCACGAAGACGGUUCAACAAACAGCAUGUGGAGCCUCCUUCCACCGACAGCGAAAGACUGGAAGCAGGUGGUCACCAUCUCAUUACCCCUAGGAGCCUUCCCGAAGCUGAGUCGGACCUGCCGCUGGGGAGCGACAGAGACAACAAGACUACGAGAGUCGGCAUCCUUCAAGAUCCUGACGGGGAGACAACACGACCCCAACAACAACAAGCACCAGCCGAAAUUCUUAUUGGCGGCGCGGCGGGAUCUGUCCUUGGUCCGGAGUUGAUUGGACGGUGGGCUCCGCAUUUCGAGGCGGUGGUUUCUCUCGAGAUUCCACGGCAUGGCCACGACCUGUCGACGCUGACGCUGGGAAGAAUAGCGGACGGCUUCAGGAGGGACGGGUACGUUUUCCCGGUGGACCACAAGGGCAGGGGAGAGGGGAGGGCUGUCGAGGCACGAGCGGUUUUACAGGCUAUAGAGGAAAUAGAGCUUCGGAAAGAAAAGCGGAAGCAGGAAGAGGCCGCGUUGGAUCGCGCUCGAGGAGGCGCGGCGGCAGCGGCGGCAGCGGCGGCAGCGGCGGCGAAGGCGGAGCCAACCGCGGCUGCACCGACCCCUGGGACGGCGCCUACACCCACAGGAAAAGCAGCAGCUGCACAAGCAUUGGGGUUGCCAGCAACAGAACCGCUGCCGCCUACGGCAACAAGAACUGCCACGACGCCUCCAGACGCUUCCCAAAAUACGUCUGACGCUGCUGCUCAACCGCAAUACACCAGUGCCUCCGGAAACGUCAGCGAACACGACCGAAAUCUCCCUUUAAAACCCGGGGAUUCAAGCGUUGGAGCCCACGCGUCUACGGCGGAGCAACAGCAGCAGCAGAGGAUUGCUCCAGGAUCGAUAUCAGCUUCGCCGCCACCGCCCGAACCUACUCUUGCCGCUAACGGAUGUGAUGCUGCUGCCGCCGCUGAUUCUGCUGCCGCAGCCCCUCGGGUGGGGGGAGCGAGCAGCUCAGCGGAUCCAGCCGCUGCUGAAACCGCCGCUGCCGCGGCAGCCGCGUUUCAAGGACAGCAGCAGCGGGAGAGAUCGGCGACCGCGGUGCACAAGGCGAGCUCCACGUUCGGCAUCAAGAAAACAGCAUCGGCGAUGAGGAUGCCGGAGCAAUACAAGCCUCUGCUGGCGGGGGGGGCUCGACAGAGGAGGCUUAAUAUGAGGGGGGAGGGUAUGGCGAUGGCUGGGAACGAUAGCAACACCAACAACAAGGAUCAUGGAAUGUACGAGAACAUGGCGGUUGAGAUGCCCGACGUUCUUUCUUCCUACCCGGCCAUCUCCACCAUCCUAACGAAACACGGCGACAUGCCGGCUCCGGCGGGGACGUUGGACGAUCAUCCCCGGGGGGGUGACCGCCUCUCAGAGCACUCCUGCGAGCCAGGGCACGCAGGCGCUGCUUCCGGCGGCGCCGUUGGACGAAGAAAGAAGCACCACGCAUCUUCGGCAAGCACUUCGUCAUUGCACCUGAGCACCAGCACCGAGGGCUCGAGAUCAUCCACGUACAGUUUCAACCGUCCCGAAGAGCAGCCGAGUGUGCUGGACUACUCUCAGCAAGGGAUGGACACAGUCCCGGAUACGUUCCUUCCGGGGGGGGUCGCUUCGCGAGAUAGCAGGGAAUACGGAGACGGCGGCAGCCUGGAGAGUUUCGACGGUGGGGAGCCACGCGACAACGAAGGUGACGCCUACCGACAAGACGGCGCAACCGCGACGACAACCGAAGUUUUCGACAAGAGUCGCCCCGUACAAGCAGCAGCAGCAAAAGAAGGAGCAGUGAACCUGCGAACAAGCCAUGAAGAGAAAGAUGGGAGCCCUCUCGCUAGGUCUUCUUUAGGCGGCAAGAGGGACGGGGUCGGGAUGAUUACAGGGGUACCGCACGCUGAGGGCGGCGGGGGUUGCAAGCACUAUGGUCGCCACGGAGAAAAGCCAAGCUGCACAGACCAACAGCAUGGCAAGGGUGGAGGGAAACACGAAGGCGUCGUCAUGGCCAAGGUCAAGACGAAACGCUCUCCCAGACGCCCCGUCCCUGGCUACCUAUCGGCUUCCCACGACGGGCUAGGCGCGGCUUCGCGUUGGGGAGCGCUGUCGAAGGCUCACUUGGAGUUCCACCGCCUGGGUACGGCAGGUAUCCUGUCCUCGCUAUCCUGCCCCGCACUUGAACGCCGUUUGGAGGAGGCAUCGUCUUGGAUGCACGGAGCCCCAGUGUGUCGCAACCGCCUCCCAGAAGCAGGAGCCACCACGGUGCUGAGCGCCGGGGCACACCAGGAUAUACACCGUCCCUUCUGUGCACCUCUCCUUGCGGUCGACCUAGACAGCUUGGCUCAGAGGCACGGGCAGGCUCAGAUGGAAUGGAAACGGCGGGUGGAGAGCUUCACGGCCAAGACUACUUCCAAGAACAAUCUUAAGAACAAGCACAAGAUGACCCGGGCGCACUUGAAAAAGAUCGGGAAAACAACGUCCUCCGGAAACUCUGGGCUACAGAGCCUGGGAGCACUCCAGGGAGGCGUUUCGGAGGCGGCAAAGAAGGCGGGGAAACGUCCGCUGCGGGGAGGGGCGAUGGGCAAGGAGAAGAACCAAGGCUGGUGGAGAUCUGCGCCCCUCACACCCGGGCAAAACGGUCGGACGAUGGACCACGAAGGGCAGCGAGACCUGGAUGAUGAACGAGGAAAAGAGAUACUCCGAGCCAAGACCCAAUUCGGUCCUUACCUGAGGAGUGAAAUGAUGUCACUUUGGAAGGCCUUCAACCUGGCGAAGGCUUUCGGAAGGAGGGUGGACGUGCGCCUACUGUUCAAGAACCCUUUCCUCCGAGAUAACAACCGCUACAAAAACCAUGUAUUGGAGAUGCUGCAUGACACAAGCCACACCGGGCCCAUUCUGGUGACGAGGGAGGAUGCUCUGAUGAAGCUCCUGCCGCUGCUAGAACGUUCGGAGGCGAAAGCGUUUCUGGCAUGCAUGAAGCUCAUGGAAGCGGACCAACGGGAUUCAGCUACCAACAACGACGCCCAUGAAGACUGCGAGAUAGACCAGGAAACCUUGCGAGAGCUGCGCACGCUGUUCGAUCUCUACGACGUGGAUCGCUCCGGCGUUGUCGACGUCAAGGAGAUCGCCGGGGCGCUGAAGGAGAACUAUUCCACAGCUCAGAUUUCUGCGGGGAUGGGGGAUGCCGUCACCGAGGGGGAACUGGCCGCCCUGCUUUCGUCCCUUUCGCCCGCCACGAGCGGUGACGCGACCGGUCACACUUCUACCUCUGGCACAACUAACAAUAGCACAAACCCAGCCGGUGUUGGGUCAAGCCCGGAGGCCAAUUUCGACGACUUUGUGCGCCUCUUUCAUGGGGUAUUUUAG